CCUCUCCUGCUGUCCCAGCGCAAAGCCAGGGCAGGCACUCACCCACCCGCCGGCUCACCCCUAUGAAGCUAAGGGGAAAAUUGUUUCUGAGGGCGUAUCAUUCAUGACACCCUGCCAGGGCUAUUCGCGUGCGGACAUCAAACCACUCGGGACAAAGCAAGCAGGAGUUCGGGACUGAGUAAGAGGAGCAGAAAUUUGCCCAGCAGAAGUUGCUCUGAAUCAGCAAUCUUGUAUAGGGAUGGCAGAGUUCCUGAUACUCUCUGCUUCUGACUCUUUAGGAUCAAGCACUGUUGAUUGAGCCAUCCAUCUUCACACGAAGUCAUCGCUGUUAGUGAAUUGAACUACUAGUCUGCGCUACCUUUUGCAUACUGGAAUUUCCUUUAUUUCAGAGCUCUACAUCCACCAUGUUGCCGUGUGGAACAGCUCUGUCCUUUAUUCAGUGUCUGGUGCGGAAGAAAAACAUUGGCGGUGAAAGUCUUGAGGACACGAAGUUGUGCCGAUGCUUAUCAACACUGGACCUUAUAGCCCUGGGAGUAGGAAGUACCCUGGGUGCUGGUGUUUAUGUCCUUGCUGGAGAAGUGGCCAAAUCCGAUUCUGGACCUAGCAUCAUUGUUUCUUUCCUAAUUGCUGCCAUUGCAUCUGUGAUGGCAGGUCUCUGCUACGCCGAGUUUGGCGCUCGUGUUCCCAAGACUGGUUCUGCAUAUUUGUACACUUACGUUACAGUAGGUGAACUGUGGGCUUUUAUCACUGGCUGGAAUCUCGUUUUAUCCUAUAUUAUAGGUACAUCAAGUGUAGCAAGAGCCUGGAGUGGCACCUUUGAUGAACUUCUUGGAAAACAGAUUGGUCAUUUCUUCAGUGCCUACUUCAAAAUGAAUUACUCCGGGCUAGCAGAGUAUCCUGACUUCUUUGCAGUACUCCUUAUAUUACUUUUAUCAGGUCUUUUAUCUUUUGGAGUGAAGGAGUCUGCAUGGGUGAAUAGGAUUUUCACUGCUAUUAACAUCUUGGUCCUGGUCUUCGUUAUUAUUUCUGGUUUUGUGAAAGGUGAACCUGACAACUGGAAUAUAAGUGAAGAAUAUCUCAGAAACUUUACUGCAGUAACAGAGAACCGCUCAUCCUACGAAAAUGUGACAAGUAUGUAUGGGAGUGGUGGCUUUAUUCCAUAUGGUUUCACAGGAACAUUGGCUGGUGCUGCAACCUGUUUUUAUGCUUUUGUUGGAUUUGACUGCAUUGCAACAACUGGAGAAGAGGUCAAGAAUCCUCAGAAAGCCAUACCCAUAGGAAUUGUGGUGUCCCUACUUGUCUGCUUCAUGGCCUAUUGCUUGGUUUCAGCUGCACUGACACUUAUGAUGCCAUACUAUCUGCUAGAUGAGAAAAGUCCUCUGCCAGUAGCAUUUGAAUAUGUUGGAUGGGGUCCUGCUAAAUAUGUUGUAGCAGUGGGAUCCCUCUGUGCUUUGUCUACAAGUCUUCUCGGCUCUAUGUUCCCUUUGCCCCGAAUUCUGUUUGCCAUGGCACGUGAUGGUUUACUCUUUAGUUUUCUUGCCAAAGUGAAUAAGAGGCAGGCACCAGUUUCUGCCACCUUGACAGCAGGGGUCAUCUCUGCUGUAAUGGCAUUUCUGUUUGACCUAAAGGCUUUAGUGGACAUGAUGUCUAUUGGCACACUUCUUGCUUAUUCACUUGUGGCAAUCUGUGUCCUCAUUCUUAGAUACCAACCCACCUAUGAGGAACCAAAAUACUCUCCAGAAAAAGCAGCUUUGGCUGCAGCUGAAAGGGAAUCUGCAGUAAGUGAGUCACAGAUAAGCAUGAUAGAAGAGAAUCACUUCCGUCUUCAGGCCUUGAUUAAUCCAUCCAGUUUACCAACUGGGCAGACUGCAGCUAUAGUUAACUUCUUAGUGAGCCUCUUAGCUUGCUUGAUUUGUGGCUUGAGUGUCCUCAUUACAUAUGGGAUUCAUUUCAUUGCUAACUUGGAGCCCUGGAGUAUUGGCCUUCUUGCUUUAUUGGUGAUCUCCUUGGUAGUUACCAUUCUCCUCAUCCAAAGGCAGCCUCAGAACCAGCAGAAAGUAGCCUUUAUGGUUCCACUAUUACCAUUUUUGCCAUCAUUGAGUAUACUGGUAAAUAUUUACUUGAUGGUACAAUUAAGUGGAGAGACUUGGAUGAGAUUUAGCUUCUGGAUGUUACUUGGCUUCCUCAUUUACUUUGCUUAUGGCAUCAGACACAGUGUUGAAGGUCAUCAUGGUGAUGGAGAUGAUGAUUCUUGUUCAGAAAAUAGUGGGAUGCAAGAAAAGAACCCAGUGGAUGACCCUGAAAAUACAAAUGAAAGGGAUCAAUUUCUUCCACAUGAAAGGACAAGUGAAUGUUAAACUCUGCAAUCUUUUAAACCUUCAAUUGGCAUUUUACUUGCAGACUGAAAUUUCAGAAGCUUUCUGCCAACAUGUGCCUCUUGAAAUUGUUUACUACAAGGCCUAACUGAUAUUUUGGACAAGCUGCUAAUCCAUCUUCAUGAUUUCUGAACUGACAGCAUGGAGAUUAAUACUUAAUUUUUUUUUUUAAGUACCCUUUGGCAAGCAAAAAUUUGGAGACAUUGUUUGAAGCGUCAUCCAAAAUCACUGGCAAUCAUCAGAUAUGAAGAAUUUUGGAACUGUCUGCAAGAAGUUCUGAGUAUUAGACAAUCCAUUGUGAACAUAAGUGCCUUUCAUACCUUCUCCUUAUCUUUGUUAUAUGUUUUGGUAACAAUCGAAAUUCUCUCUGUUGAAGUAACUCAUGGGAGAUAAAUUUCAUUCAUAUAGGCCUGGAAAGGCAAAAUGAAUGGUAAUUGUAUGGAUUAGAUACUUUGUAAAAAUUAGAGAAGCAUUUGUUUAUGUUAAAAAAAAGGUAAUUGCCUAUCUUUACUAAUCAUGACUAUUAAUCUGUAGUCAUGGAGAACUCAAGCAGUGAAGAUACUUAAAAGGUUUUUAGUGCCUCUAAAUAGCAUUCAAGAUUUCUACUUAAGUGCAUGCCUUUUCUUUGAAGGAUGCUUCUCACAAGAGAAGCUCUUUUGUUUUCUGCAAAAUCAUCUGGGAAAUAAUCUGUUGGUUACAGUACUGACAGUGGCAAUCAGAUGUGAUUUAGCAUAUUUUAUGCUUUUGACUUCAGAAGGGCCAGAAUUUCAUCUGACUAAUUAAUUUGGUACCUACCUCCAGCAGUCAUCCAGUUUUCCUCCUUACUACUAAUUUUUCUCCAUAUUGGGGAAAAUGUAUAAUCUCCUUUAUACAUGUUCCAGAAUUGCUAUUGCUGAGAUUAGCCUUACACAUUGCUUUUCCUAAGAAAAAUUAAUACAGAAAAUCCCAGCUUUUUUUUUCAGAUGGUAGGGGAGGCUUAAAAAACAAAGGUCUGGGUUUUGGAAAAAAAACUGUAUCAAAACAGUAUUUCAUUGCUUCAUUAAGUCUUAAAAUAUGUGUUAGCAUAGCACUUUUUUGUGAGCCAAGCCUACAUCCACAAAUCCAUUAAUGUGGGUAUGAUGUCUAAGUGCUAAUUUAUGUAAAGAACUAAACUGGUAUGGCAAUGCUGGCUAAACAAUUAUUUUAAUGCUGGUAAAACCAAAGAAUGCUCUUCUUUCAACACAAGUCAUGUGAAAGGCACCCAGGUAUUUUAACACUUUUUCUAAGCAAGGAGGAGGUUCAAGUCCUAUGAAGGAUUCCACAAUAUGAAGUCAUUUGCCUAGAAUGUAUUUAUAAAAUAUCCUUCCCUAGAGUAAGAACUAUCUUAGACUUUGUCAUGGAGAGUUGCAAUCUGUUGCUGGUACUAAGCAUUUGUAUUAAUCUCCAUUGUUAGGUAUAAGAACUUUUGAUGCCAUGAGAGCUAUGUUGGUUGACAGUGAAGAGCACCUUACUUUUUAUAAUAGCUAGAAUUUUAUGAAAAAAAAAAAAAGAAAAAAAAAACUAGUUAGGCUGCUUCUGUCUCUCUCCUUUUUCAGAGCAAUAAGUUGUUUUUUUUUUAAUUUUAAAAUUACUUCUUUCCCAGUAUUCUUAAACCCUCAGCUUCAAAAAAGCCAUUGCUGUGGGAGCAAGUCAGCUGCACCCAUGUGAAGAUUUUGCGUGAUGUCUUUACAAGCCUACAGUGAAACACAGUUCUUAAAAUUCCUUCCAUAUCUCAGCAUGUGGGAAGCACAGACUUUCUGCUAUGGUUGUUGAUGCCACAGAGCAGGCCAGCCAGGCUCUCAAGGCACAAACGCCUGCUGUUCUGUGCUGUGCAAGGAAGACUCCAUCCCUGCCUGAGGCCAUCCCAGAGAACAUAUGUGUGCACACCUGUCCAUGCAUUUGAAUCUGUCUGAAAUCAGCCCAUAGCGAAUUUGAUGUACUGGUUAAAAUAAUUACUGUAUUGCACUGGACUUUUCGUUUCAAGGGAUACUGCCAGCACAAUUAGCUGCUGACUAAAGUGGGUGCUAGCUACGGCCUCUGGAGAGAACUAAAGGAAGUAAAUUUUCUAGCUUAUUUUCCUGAUGGAUAUGUCAGCACUUUAUAUAUUGACAAAUUCCCCUUUCACUUGUAUGAAUAUCUCUCCCCACUUGUUAUCAAAAUUAAUUAUUUUAAAAUAAUAGGAUGCGCCUGUACAAGUGUUGCAAAGACAGAUUGGAGGAGCUGCAGCACCAGAACUAUCCAAAUAACUAAUGAGAUAUAAAAUGAAAUUAAAGGAAAGGCAUUGGGUACUUUUAGUUGCUUCAACUGCAGGAAGCUUAUUUAUAUGUGUGUAUAGUCAUUAUGAGUCAGUGGCUGAGUGAAAACAGUCAAGCCAGAAGUAAGAUAUUUAUGGUGAAUUUGAUGUGCAUUUGUAUAUGUAGUCUGAAAAUUCCAGAUGCUUUAGCAGGACUCAGCAGAAGCAAAGGACAUGCCAUGCUAGUCCUUACACAGAAGUGAUGGAUGCAAGAAAUCCUGAUCCUUUUCUUACAUUUGCUGUAUUUCUGCAGUUGCUGAAAGAUCAGCUGAAAGCACAAGUCCAUUGGAAUUAAAUAAUUAUUUUCUAACAGACCUGUUGGUAUUGUAAAAUAUUCUGUGCAAAUAAUAACUGUACAUAUUAAUACAAAAUGUCUACUUUUGAAGGUAGCUUAUUGGAUUUUUAUUUUCUUUGAAGAAAAAAGUUCUCAUAACCUUUUUUUUUUUUUUUUUUUUUUUUUUUUGGUACAUUCAGGAUAUGCCAUUCCCUAGUUGGCUUCUUUCCCUAGUUCCCUAGUUGGCUUUAAGAAAGUAAGCCAAAGCAUAUUUAACAGAGCACAAAUAAAUAUUUUUGUUCUGAUGUAUAGGAGUUAUAAAACAUUUCUGAAUAAUUCAUGUUAACUGAAGUGGUCUUCCUGUGGUAUUCCAGUUCUCAUUCUGCAAUGGGAUUUUUAUGAGGUAACUUAGAUUUCAGUGUCUGUUAUAAUGGAUAAAACUAUUCUGUUAAUAAUAGUAUGCUUUUCCCUGCACAACAAAUGCUGUUCAGAUUCCUGAAAUCUCUCAUAUAGUGCUUACGUUGCCAAGUGUGAAAGCCAUUUUUAUUACCUGCUGUUGGAGGACUAGCAGCAAUAAAUGGCAAUCGUAGUGAUGCAGAGUUACUUAUGUACUUAAGCAGGAAUUGACUUGUGUAAUCCAGAAACUUUAAAUGAUACAAUGAAUUUAGAGGCAAAACUUGGUAAAGCUUAAACAUAUAUUCUGGAUAUUAUUACACAAUAAAUUUACAAGUCUAGUCAGUUUUCCCCUAAAAUUUAUGAAAAAAAUAUAUAUUUAAGAAAUAUAAGAUACAGUGUUUUCAUAGAAUUUUUAAUAAGUGCCAAUAUCAAUGUGCCAUAAGCAUCCUGAGGGGGUGACAGUGCAGGAAACCUGUGUGGGACUGUGCAAUUGGGUAUGAGGCCUUUGACACUGGGACACAUUUUUUACAGUAGGAAUUUAAUUCACAAGAAAAUGAAAGCACCUUUUUAAUGCUCUUAGGCCCUAAUUCCUCCUAAACAUGCUGGGAAGUCUGUAUGAAUAGCAGUAUGUUCACUGAAGGCACUGAGGUUACUCGGUGUUAAGCAAAUAUAAAUUUUACAAAGAGAGCGGGUGAUAUUUCAUAUAGCAUAGGAUCUUUGUGUUUAUUUUUAAUUUCCUGUACCUUUAGUAUUUCUUUCUGGUAUGUUUUGAGGACCUCUGCAUUAUUAAUAGUUGGACCUUUUCAAAGCUAAAUAUGAUACCUUUACCCGGUCCUGAUCUAUUUUCCAUUUGAUCUUAGAAAUCAAAUUCCUUACAUGAGCUGAAUUGAAGGAUUUCUGUGCAUAAACAUGCAGACAUGCAUUACAAAAAACUGUAUGUGUAUAUAUAUAUUUUUUUUGUCAGUUGGACAAAUUGUGUUGUUUUUCUGUGUUUUCAUGAGCCUUGUACGAGGUCAACUCCAGUUUCACCAAAUUUAGUUGGAGUCAGAGUAUGAGGAUUUGAAUAUUUAGGAUAGCUUUUUUCUUUUGUGGUACCAGAAAGUAAAGCAUGAAAUAUGUGUUACGUAUCUUUAGAAACAAUUAUGUGUGAAUAAUUUUUAAAAAACAUUAGCAUUCAUAUCCAUCCUUUCUUUUUGUUUGUAUGUACAUUUUAGUCAUUAUUUCUGUAUUGUAUGCUGCUGAGCAUUCAAAGUGUAGAUAGUAUGAUUAUGAUGCAAUUUAAACUGCAAAUUUGUAUUUCUUUGAAGUGCUCUACCAGAAUGAAAAGUCUUGAAUUUUUAUGAAUGUAAAAUUGCUUGUAUUUAAGAAUAUGGUGCUUUUUUCCCCAAUUUACAACAGAAUUGUUACCAGUGACAUUUUUAGUUACCUUAGUUUCAAAUUUUAAUGCAAAUUACAUUGUUCUUCAUUUACUGUAAAACAUGCUUUGUGGGAUAACAAUAGUGCAUUUGUUCCAUAUUUUUAAAUAAAGUUGAAUAUCACUUGUA